AUGGCAUCUGUCAAUUAUUUAACUUUAAGGCCUGAAUAAGCUUAUAAAAUUUAUAAUGGUAUACUAACUCCAUGAAUAAAUUUAAACUACGUUAAGGAAGGAAAGAAUAAUGAUGCUUUAUUGAUCCUAUUUCGAUAUUUAUCUAGUUUUGGUUAAAGAACCAGAAAAACUACAACUUCCUAUCAAUAUUAAGGAGACGUGAGGGUGGCAAGCAAUAGUUAAUAUCUUUAUAAAUUGAUGGUAAAAUUAAUUAAGAAUUCUUUAGCAAGCAUAUAUUGAUUUAAGAUUAUUUGUUGGAGUCAAUUAACCUGAUGAAUGAAUAAAAAGAAGAUUUUAAGGCUUAUAGGCAAAUGACUUAACAUAAUCACUUUGAUGCUUUCGCUGAUAUUUUGAAAGAAUAUCUAGUAAAAGUAGAAAAGAUUUUUAGCGAUAAAGUUAAAUAAUAUGAUGUUGAAGAAUUAUCAAAUUUAUAGAUUUUUAUAGCUUAAGAAAUUACCAUUUGUUGGACAAUUAUCCUAUGAA